AUGGCCCACUCAGUGGUCACGAUUGAGCUGGACAACGAGGAGUUCUCGCGCGCUUUUCUUCAACCACCCCAUAUAACCGUGCGAGACAGACGUGCUGGCCUGUUCCCUUUCGCCUCGCUCAAGUACGCGAACGACUUGGAACCGACGACGAUUUCGAAAUUUUUCGUUUCAGCGGUUGGUGGCCAUCACCUCAUAACCGGGUCAACGCUUGUGCGGCAAUACUCCGAUCCGCCCUCUCUCGAUGAGUCUCACCGCAGACCUGACGCCGCAAUUUUCCGUUCCCUCUCUGUACCCAGGCGUGGACGAGCUCACUGGGCGGACCAGAGAGUCCCGGUCGUAUUCUUCAGCCACGUCCCUGGCGCUGAUCCUUUCAGUUCCGCAGACUCCGUCCAGUUGUUCAGCAAAACUGGACGCGAACGUAAGAAGCGACUCGAGCAGCUGUCUGCCACCGCCGAGCUCCUCUUCGCCGCCCAGCAUCGCGUUUUUCUCUUCAUGCUCGUCGUCUUUGGGCGAAAUUUUCGACUCGUCCGCUGGGAUCGUUCAGGAGUCGUUGCCACACCUCUCACAGACUACUACAAGCGACCUACAAUGCUAUGUGACUGCUUGCGGCGGCUCUCUCUUCUCGACGACUCCUCCCUCGGGUUCGACACUACCGCCACCCGCCUUCCGAGUCGCGAUCCCGACUACCUUCGCAUGGAUAUCGCCGCAGCACACCAUGGCACCGACAUCGAUCACUCCGAACGUCAUGUAGAAGAAGGCGAGCUUGAGGAAGUGCCAAUGUUUCGAUACGUACGCUCCCUCUUCCGAGAUAGCCUCUCCGGGGAUUGGCCACGCUACAGACUUCAAGUUCAGGACGGCGAUAGCCUGCGCUCCUAUCUCGUGGGAAAGCCCAUUUUCCGUGGAUCCGGCACCACCGGGCGCGGCACGCGAGGUUACGUCGCUUUUGACAGCGAAACAGGAUGCUUCGUGUGGCUCAAGGAUACCUGGCGCGCAUCUGCCAUGGCCACCGAAAGAGAGGGCGAUGUCCUGCGUCAACUCAACGAUGCUGGCAUAGAGAAUGUUCCGACUCUGGAAUGCCACGGAGACGUACACGAUCAGGCCACCGUCACCGACAUAUGGUGGGAGCGUAAGCACGCUCCUAGCUCGACGUCACCGCACUCCCCUUCCUCAUCACCCUCGACAUCGUCUACACGCGCAGCGGAUUCGACCACUGGUCGAAAGCGUAAGAGAGGACAUGAGUUCUCGGGCGAAGAUGGCGCUCCACGAUCGAUGAGUCGAGAGGGCACACUGGCAACCGCUGACCCUCUGCAACACUACAUCCACUACCGCGUCGUCGUGAAGGAGAUCGCUAUGCCGCUCAAGAAGUUCAAAAGCGGAAAGCAACUCGUAUCUAUCGUCCUCGACUGCCUGCAUGCGCACCGCCACGCCUCCACCAACCCCGCAAUCCUCCGCCUUCAUCGCGACGUUAGCGGAGAUAACAUCCUCAUCUAUCCCAGGAUCCGGCCUGACAAGGACGGGAAGGGCGCUUCGAUAGUUUGGUCGGGCCUUCUCAUCGAUUGGGAGCUCUCCUUGCCUAGAGAUUCUGAAGAAGUACCGCAGUUGGUGAAGGGAGUCCGCCUGGGAACACGUCAGUUCAUGUCCGUCAGUUUGUUGGAUAAUCCGCUUCAGCCCGUCAGAGUAUCAGACGAGCUAGAGUCGUUCCUCCACGUCCUGGUCUACUAUUCCGUCGCCUACGUGCGUUCCAACUGCACUAGCCCCAACUCCUGGAUAAACAACUACUUUUUCUACUGCGGCAUGCCGAACGCAUACACUGGCGGUCUCAAGUCGAUAGCCGUCGAGCAUGACGGAUACCUUAGCACGCUGGUGCCCGAAGGGCCGUUGCUCUUCCGCAGCCCGAUGGAUGGGCUCCUCGGAACGCUUCUUUGGAGCUUCAAGGCGCAUUACGAUGUGAUGGAGUUCGAAGCUCAGAAGGCGCGCUCACCGUCACCCCCUUCCCCUUCGUCGUCGAGAAGUAAGGAGAGCCCUGUGGACGCUCGCGCAGCUCUCGCUGCCCGGAAUUUCUUGCCUGUGACAAGCCUAGAAGACAACCCAGAGUUGACUGAGUACAUGGCGAAAUUCAAGGCCCGUGUACCGCUAGACAACACACCCACGGACGAGGACCGUCAAUGCGCUAGCCUUGUCGCAGACCAUUCCUUCGUGAUCGAUUUCAUCGACAAGUUGCUCCGUUAUAACGACUGGCCAGACGAUGAUCGCUUACCUCAGCCUCCGGCUCCGCCAUCACCUUCUUCCGAACAAGACGUUGAACAAGAGUCCGAGGAAUCUGCCCCCUCUCCGAAGCGACGUCGCAAGGUCGCUCCUACUAGGGAGACGAUACGUGCAGCUCCUUCCCGCUCACAAUCGUCGAUGCGCCUCACGCGCAGUCGGACUCGGGCCGCUGCACUCCAGGGAAGCCGAUUAAAACGUCGAAGGGCUUAGAUGACGGUUGGAGUAUACUGCUGUCAUUGCCAUGGAGUAUACGAUGCCUGCGUUACGUACAUCCGCAUCAGUACCUUCCGGCUUCGGUCGACCACUUCCUCUACCCCACCCCUAUGCUGACUACCUUCUAUCAUCAGUAUAUCUAUACGCCCAUGUUGAUUGGAAAAGGUGUUCUGUUUGUUUUUGCGUCUCCUAUCCGUUUUCAAUAGACUUGUUCUUGGGGCUCCGUGUUCCUAUACUUACGACUUAGUUGAGCCUAGCUCUUUC